ACUGCCGGCCGUGGUCGCAGUUCUGCUGAGUGACUAGCCAGUGCUUCGAGGGCUGCAUUCGUUUCAGUGUUCAGUGCGGUUUUGAUUAAGUGUCGUUUCCGGUACGGAGCAUUCAGGCAGAGUAGCAAUUCUUCCAGUUCACAUCCCAUCAAUUAAAAACCAAAACGCGGACAUUGAAUCUUUGCAUCUUGUGCGCUACAUUGUAAGACAUCAGACUUCCGCAGGAUAUUAGGUCUCGCUCGCACAACUUCAACGACUCUUGAAGCGAAAGCGAUGAAGAUGCACCGGUGUCUGCUUUGUGUAGUCAUCGCGCUUAUGUCCGUGCUACACUGCAGCGGCCAGAGUUCGGAGGAACGGGCGUUGGGCAGCGAUCCCAACUAUCCGGAGCUGGAUCGCAGCAAGAUGCCGAUGGCCAGCCUGAACGGCUUGCUGGACACGCUGGAGCACGAUAGCACGCGAAAGCUGGAUGGCGGACCCGACGACUACGAGCUGGUCGACAGCCUGGCGGCACGCCUUGGCUACCCGCAUGCGAACGGUGACAUCAAGCGAAGCUGGAGCAAGAUGAACGCGGCCUGGGGCAAACGUGUCAGUGGGGGCAAUCGGAAUUCCGGCUGGACCAAGUUUGGCGCGGCCUGGGGGAAACGAGAACCGGGAUGGAACAAUCUGAAGGGGCUGUGGGGUAAGCGCGCGGACAAGUGGGACAAGCUUGCAUCGGCUUGGGGCAAACGGCAGGAACUGAGUCGAAGUUACUAAAGAGCCUCCUGCCACGGGGGGAUUAUGACACUAGCACAUUGCAGCAUCCUAUCAUCCACCUACGCUUAACCGUGGCCCAAUAGCCAUGACGGAAAACCAGCAGCUCUACCACCCGAUUGAAGUUCCCCUCGCCCACUGCAAGCAAGUUAAGAAAAUCCAAAAGAAUACAUCAACAGACAUCGGAGCAAAUCACGCUGGUGCAGACACGGAACCGGUUUUAUGAUCUCGUUAGCGUUCACUGUAACCAAUGCCACCAACAAUGUUAGUGUAAAGGAUCUAGCAAAUGCAAAGAUGAUGCGGUUUUACACUAUUUACACUAUUACUCACACCACACCACGCUAGUUGUACACAUUUCGCUUUGAUCAAAUCUUCCCGAUGUGACGAUGGAAAUCAAUUUUUAACCCUCGGUAAUCGUAAUGUUUAAUGAUCAAUGUAUAAAUAAAGAGAGAACAAACAAAACAAGA